AUGCAGCAGAUACACCCUCGUCCACGAGAACGAGGCGACGAUCGUGCAUUUAUUAGCGUGAACGACGGCGACGACUCGAAGCGAGUGUUCCCGUUCCAAGCGACCCCGAGCGGCAACCUGAAGAUCGUUCCUAAUCAGGUGGUAUUCGAGUCGAAGAAGGUCAGCGUGUUAGUGGCUGAUCCGCGACACACCAAGGUGAACGUCAAGGCUGAACUCAAUAGAGCCGGAAACGAGCUAGCCGGACGUUCUUCGGAGUCCUCGACCAGACCGAGGCUCGUCGAUCUUCCACCUGGUGUCUCGUCAUCGACGAUCAAUCAAUCGCAGAGUCAGAAGAAGCAGCCAGCUGUCGAGGACAAACACAGGUCCACAAUGUACCCGUUCAAGGCGAAGGUGGCUCAAACGGAAAUGGUGGAGCAAAAACAACCGACAGCGUCAACGUCUUUCGUGACGUCAACGUUACAGGAGGUGCCACUUUCAGAACUCGGAUUUACGAGUGAACAACCAAUCGAUUGGGAUAACAUCAUUCUCCCGGAGAAGACCGACCUGUAUCAGGAGUUGGCCAGGCGUAUCACAAAUUACAAGAACGCCGAUUGUAUCGUACGAAUCGAUCAGGACGAGUUCCAUUGUCACCUGCUCGUGCUGCAGAGCUACAGCGCCUUCUUCGACGAGAAGAAUUGCAAGGAGAUCGAUCUGACCGGGAAGGAAGUAUCGUCGAAAGCGUUCUCGAUCAUUUACGACUGGAUGAUCAGCUCGCAGAACGACAGCUAUCGCCUUUUACAGAGGGACAACAUUUUGGAGGUCUUCACGGCUGCACAGUACCUUGGAAUUAAAGAAUUGGAGGAACAAUGCUGGGCAUUUAUAGACAACGACGAGUUGUUCACGGAAGACACCGCGUUCUUGUUGUAUUUGGAGGCAAGAAGAAUUAAGAACAACGCGGUUAUGGAACUGAUGGUACCCAGGAUCAUGAAGUUCUUCUUGAUUCUUGUCAGCACCAAGGACUUUUUAGAGCUCUCCGUUGACGAGUUGUGUCUCCUGCUCAAAUCUAACUAUAUCUCUGUCAAUAGUGAAAUGGAAGUUCUGAUGUCCGCUGUCCGCUGGCUGAUGCAUGACUGGGAGAAUAGAAAGCAGUUCAUGAUACAAGUAUUAAAAUGUGUCAGAUUCGGAUUGAUAGCUCCGUGGCAAUUGGUGGACGUUAAGAGGAACCCUGAGAAUCCUGAAUUCAUGGAACUUAUGUCUUUUCCCGAGGUGCAGAAGAUGGUAGACGACGGUUUAGCUUUUGUCAUCAUUAAAUACUGGUACGGUAAUCAGACGGAGGAUUAUUACCACUGGAUCGAUUUACUGGGACUUUCGGAACCAACUAACCGAAACUGGGCUGGAGAGGACAAGAACUACGUAACGUACCGAGAAUUUCUGCUCUAUCUCGAAGAGUAUCAGAGGACCAAAAUUUCGGAAUUAAGAAGUCGGAAGAAUCGGGCAAAGCCGAACCCUCCUAACUCACCCCCUAACGAUUACGCGUUCGCGCCUUCUAGAACGUCGAACGAUUACACCAAAAGCUCAGGCGAUACGCAGGCAAUCCAUAACGAUGCGGUGCAUCCAAGGCACUCGAAGGUUGCAACUGGAAAUUAUUUACCGAUGGAAAUUCCCGAAGGCAUGAUGAUGCCUCCGAAAUUCAUGAACGAGUACCUGAGCAGCUUGGAAAGAAGCAAAGGGGUGAGUAACCCCGGUGCAAACGCGAAUAGAAGAUCGACGCAGAGGCAACAAAAUGGACGAAACUCGAUGUCGGCAAAAAAGGAAUCAUUACGAACGGUGAGUCGUUUUGCGAUCAAAUUCCGUGAUGAGAAGUCCGACCAGAUUUGCCCGUUUCAAAAGUUUUCCUCGCUUUCAGGGAUUAUAUUACGCGGUUAUCGUCGGAGAAAUCUCGAGAACCAAGAAAGAAAGGCUGCCUCCGAUACCAGAUUCACAGGAGGAGGAGAAUCUCCAAAACUUCCCUACAAGCCACCCAGCAAGGACAAACGUGUACAGGAACAUGGCAAACGUGGCGUGAAUUUACCGGAUGUCGGUAAAUUGGAUUACGAGAACCGGCAGGAGAAGAACGCGACGGAUGUUUGCCGGUGCCAGCAGCGCGAGUCGAAUUUGAUAUUUUCUAUGAGAAAGCAGGCGAGAUGCGCGAUGUCGAGCAAACCGGAAGAACGAACUGACUCCGUUAAAUCGGAAGUAGAGGCAGCCACCACGAUACAAGCUGUGUAUAGAGGGUACAAGGCCCGAAGGAGAUUCGACGAGAUAAGGAAAUCAACGUCGGAGGAGAAGCGGAAUAUCAAGAAGGUAGCGGAACUUUUAGCCAUUCCGAUGGACGAAACGCCACGCAAUCCCUCCAAGGAGACCGUCAGAAUUUCAAACAGCUUAGGGAACGAGACGAGAGACGACAAAGACGACAGGCCACGAUCAUUAAGUCCCGGGAAAAACGCGAGAGAAUCGAUCGUCCGAAAUACAGAACGCUUCGCUGAUGAUCAAUUGGAUCAUUUUGAAACGUAUUCGGCUACUUACGAGAAACAAAGCAACAAGCAAAUUCCACAGAAUACGACGAAUCAACGGGACAACCAGAAACCUAUCAGGACCAUAAAAUCACCGGUAUUUUUCUCGAAUUGUGACGAAAAAACAAGUUCCCCUUCGGACAACACGGACACGGACGAACCUCUCUCUCCGCGGACGGAGGCUAAAUCGAUAGUGACGGAUUUAGAUGAACACGCUGCAGUCGAUAAAAAUGUAGCGAAGAGCGAUGGAACGAAUUAUCAAGAUGGCGACAAUCCUCGACGAGUGAAACCGGGCGUAAAGAGCGUUCAAAUAAGAUCGAACUACAAACGACCGCUACCGCAGCGAAUCAGCACCAGCAUGUUGAGUGGCAAUCCGGACGGCUAUUAUUUCGACAAUUCUCUGUUCUUCCCCGAUCGGGAAUCGAUCCUGGUGUUCGGUGGAGUCGAUCCCCACGAAGAGUGCGGUCCCGGUAACACGGGCAAGGGCAUAUACAGAUUUAAACCUGACGAAAACAUUUGGGAAUUCGUGGACGAAAUUCCGCAGGCGCGGCACCAUCACUCGGUCGCCUAUCUCAGAGGUCGCAUUUACGUAGUAGGAGGAGCGGAUCCGCUGGAAGACAAACUGCACAGGAAGAGCAUCGCGGUUGGAAGCAUGUGGAGUUACGACCCGACGACCAGGACUUGGUUCAAUGAACCCGGCAUGCUGACAGCCAGAAAGGACUUCGGAUUGGUGGUCAGCCAUGGGAAAAUGUACGCCAUAGGAGGGCAAUGCAGCAACGGGAUAGCUCUAAAGGCAGUAGAGGCUUUCGAUCCAUCGGAUUCUACUUGGAGAAAGAUGCAACCGAUGCAGACUGCCAGGAUAGGACCAGCCAGCGUGAAAUAUAGAGACCUAAUCUGGGUCGCUGGCGGCAUGACAAGAUCGAGAAAAGAGCUGUUCUCGAAGGACGUCGAAUGUUAUGACCCAAUAAGAAAUUUAUGGUUAAAAGCGGUGCCUUUGAGGUCAGCCAGGUGCUUUGCUUCCUUUUACGUUGUAUCCGACUGCCUCUACGUGAUCGGUGGGGCAUCAACCACCGAAAACGGAACCCAGAGCAUCGACAGCAUCGACGUGUGGAACGGAAACGAUUGCGUUUGGAGAGAACACGCAAAUAUGUCGAUCGCGAGACACGGACACACCACAGGGUCAAUAGGUGACCAGUUGUUGAUCAUUGGUGGAGUAACCACGGUGUUCAUGAAGACCUUGAGCAGCGUCGAAUGUUAUUGCUGCGAUAUAGAGAAGUGGAUGAAGGGAGUUUCCAGUCUGCCGCAUUCUGUUUCCGGUCACGGGACUGUAUCUUUACCGCCAGCAAAUCUUCUAAUUGAUCACUGAUUAUCUGUGAAAUAAAAUGUCAUCAUGUUUCUCUAUGUUAUGCGUUUAAUGGUCGACACGUUAAACAACUAUUUAAUCAUUGCCAUUUAUAUUUUAUUAUUUUUUUAUUAUAGAUGGUAAUUCUUACACCUGUUUGUUUAUCUUUUAUCUUUUAUGAGUUUACUUAA